GCUCCGCGGGCUCGGGUCGACCCGGUCUGUUCGGCGCUCUUGGCGGCCGCAGCCGCGCAUCCGCGCCGGAGCGGCAGAGUGGAGUGCUUGGUGCUGGGUACUCAUUUUGAACAAGACAGAUGGCAGUCACCAAGCUUGAGGACCAGAGCUGUGUGUCAGAGAUGUGGAUCUAACUCUAGCUCUGUCAUGGCUAGUUUCUUGGAUCUGAGGCUCCAAAGAGGAAAUGACUUCAAGGCUACUCCAGUGUGAUUACGGAAACUGGACCUUCAUAGGGUGUGGACUUACUAAGGAUAGGAAAUUCUCUGUCUUUGAAGGGCUUUAAAUUUGUAACAGAAAAUAAAAAUGACGACUUCAUCUAUCAGACGGCAAAUGAAAAACAUUGUGAACAAUUACUCAGAGGCUGAAAUUAAAGUCCGGGAAGCCACCUCCAAUGACCCGUGGGGCCCGUCCAGCUCUCUGAUGACUGAGAUUGCCGACCUGACUUACAAUGUGGUGGCCUUCUCAGAGAUCAUGAGCAUGGUAUGGAAGCGGCUCAAUGACCAUGGCAAGAACUGGCGGCAUGUGUACAAGGCACUAACCCUACUGGACUACCUUAUCAAGACAGGCUCUGAGCGUGUGGCCCAGCAGUGCCGUGAGAACAUCUUCGCCAUCCAGACUCUAAAGGAUUUUCAGUACAUUGACCGUGAUGGCAAGGACCAGGGCAUCAAUGUGCGUGAGAAGUCAAAGCAGCUGGUGGCUCUCCUUAAGGACGAGGAAAGACUGAAGGCUGAGCGGGCCCAGGCUCUCAAAACCAAAGAGCGCAUGGCCCAGGUGGCCACUGGCAUGGGCAGCAACCAAAUCACCUUUGGCCGUGGCUCCAGUCAGCCCAACUUGUCCACCAGCUAUUCGGAGCAGGAGUAUGGCAAGGCUGGGGGAUCUCCAGCCUCCUAUCAUGGCUCGCCUGAGGCCUCGCUGUGCCCUCAGCACCGCACAGGGGCCCCACUGGGUCAGAGCGAGGAGCUACAGCCACUGAGCCAGCGCCACCCCUUCCUGCCGCACCUGGGGCUGGCUUCCCGCCCAAAUGGCGACUGGGCCCAGCCUUGCCUCACUUGUGACCGCGCAGCCCGAGCCACCUCCCCACGUGUGUCUUCUGAGCUGGAGCAGGCCCGGCCGCAGACAAGUGGAGAAGAGGAACUGCAGCUGCAGCUGGCACUUGCCAUGAGCAGAGAAGUGGCAGAGCAGGAAGAACGUCUGAGGCGGGGUGAUGACCUCAGAUUGCAGAUGGCCCUGGAAGAAAGCCGGAGAGACACGGUUAAAGUUCCCAAAAAGAAAGAGCAUGGCUCGCACCCACAGCAGACUACUCUUUUGGACUUAAUGGAUGCUCUCCCCAGCUCUGGUCCUGCUGCCCAGAAAGUGGAACCCUGGGGCCCGUCAGCAUCUGCUAACCAGACCAACCCCUGGGGUGGGCCGGCAGUUCCUGCAAGUUCUUCAGAUCCCUGGCCAUCAUUUGGUGCCAAGCCAGCGGCCUCUGUGGACCCAUGGGGAGCCAGCACACACUCUGUUCCCCAGAGCUCUGACCCCUGGGCAGCUUCACAACCACCUGCCCCCAGUACUGGGAAAACAACGGAUGCCUGGGGUGCACCCUCGGCUGGCAAGCCUGUAUCUGCCUCGGGGUCCUUUGAGCUCUUCAAUAAUUUCAAUGGUACAGUUAAAGAUGACUUCUCUGAAUUUGACAACCUCCGAACUACAAAAAAAACAGCCGAGUCUGCGGCCUCUCUGCCAUCCCAGAACAAUGGAGCUACAAGCCCUGACCCCUUUGAGUCUCAGCCCCUGACUGUUGCCUCGAGCAAGCCCAGUGGUGCCCGGAAAACACCCGAGUCAUUCCUGGGCCCCAAUGCUGCUUUGGUGAACUUGGAUUCACUGGUGACCAGGCCAACACCACCGGCCCAGUCCCUUAACCCCUUCCUAGCGCCAGGUACCACCACCACCUCGGCCCCCAUUAACCCCUUCCAGGUGAACCAGCCCCAGCCACUGACGCUGAACCAACUGAGAGGGAGCCCGGUCCUGGGGAGCAGCACAUCCUUUGGGCCUAGCACAGGGGUGGAGCCCAUGGCUGUGGCACCCAUGACCUCAGCAGCCCCACAUCCAGUUCUGGGGGCUGGUGGCUCCACCUUGCCACCACUGGGCCCCACAACGAUGAACAUGGUGGGCAGUGUGAGCAUGCCUCCAUCAGCAGCACAGGCCACCGGCACAACCAACCCUUUCCUUCUCUAGUGCUCUGGGCCUGGGACUCACCCAGAGCAAAUGCCCGGAGCACUCUUGCCAGAGGAUACUAAGCGAGGACUGUUUGGGUUGGUGGCUGAGUGUGAAGUGGGGUAUUAGGGCCUUUGGCACUGGCUUCUUGCUAAGAGGACUGCCCUUUAUAGCCCUGGCCCUCAGACUUGAGUGGCGUGUGGAGUGUCUUUGCCAUCUGAGGCAGGACCACUUGCUUUUCCCUGGCCUGACCAGACUCCUCUGAGGCUGCAGAUGCAGAAUGAAAUUGUCAGUGUUGUCCUCAUCCCCAGCCUCAGCCCAAGGGUCCCUAGACGCUGCCUAGCCCAGAACGUGGGAUAGUCGCCUUGUCUUUGUCCCCCAUGACCCAGCCCCAGUCCUGGGUAUGGACAGGAUGAAGUGCCAGCCCCAUUUGACACUGACCUUUGGAGAAGUGGUUGUGCAUAUUUUAUUUUCCUUUGACUCAGUGUGUGAGUUCAAAGUAAACACUGCUACCAUGGACAACUUUUGAAUUAAAUCCACUAGAGCGAGCUUUAAAACUAAUCUGAGCAUAACCCUGCCACGUGGCUCUAUGCUUAUACACGUUUGCACAUAUUUUGUUUAGUACAGUUUCAUAUUUGAGUUUGCAAAAUUAUCUAAUAGUCUUUUUUUGGCUAAUAUUUUUAUAACGUGGUUCUUAUUUAACUGUCUAGUUUUGAUAGAAUUGACCAGGUCUGGCUGAAUUAAGAUCUUAGCACAUGUCAUUUUAGUGGUUUAAAUCUUAUUUAUGGUUUUAACUCUGUAAGAAAACUUAAAAAGGAAGAGAUGUUUGGAUGACAAAAACAUGCCUUAUGGAAAACCUAAAGCAAAUUCUUUAUAGGAAAAAGUAUGAGAAUUUGAUUACACAAAAAAGAUGUUUAUUUAAGGAAAAAAACAAACCUCUACCAGUGACAGAAACUUGUAGCCUCUAGUUGCCUUUUCCUUUCUCUGUCUCCCUUUUUUGGUGAACUACCAAUCAGCUCUCAGCCCUUUUGGCUAGAUCCAGAGAGAGACUUUCUUACUAGUAUACCAUCCUCAUAAAAGAUAAAGGAAACAAAUCUAACAUAGGAAUAUGACUCACCAGUUUUUAUCAACUAAUUCCUUUUUAAUUAAAGGCACACAGGGAUUAAUAGGGACUUCUGUUUACAGUGUGUCAGUGGUGGAGGAAGCACCUUAGCCUUGCAUCUGUGCUCACCUCUAACUCAGGUUAACAAUGGGAUUAGUGGAAACAGUGAUGUCCUAGGUGGGAGGGGCGGCUGUGCCCGUGGGUCCUGGGGACAGUCUCCAGACUGAGGUAGGGGUAAAGGACCAGGGCUUGCUUUGAACCACCUACCUGCCAGCUCCAGACAAAGGUUGCAGGCUGAGAAGUAGUCAUCUUAUUUUGGAGAUGAGAAAAUUGUCACCUAGGAUAGAUUUUUAACAAACAUGCACUAAUACAAUCUCCCUCUUCCAACCUCCUGCUGUCCUCACCCUACUCACCACUGUGAAAAAAGUAUUAAGUCCCAAAUUAUAGACCAGAGAGGACUUGUCUUUCCCCAGGGAAGGGACAGUCCCCCUGAGUCCUGGCAGCCUAGCAGGUCUUCCUGGCUCACUUUGCAACACCAACUUCUAAGCUCCAGCUCCCCCGCCCCUCUGGUUCCAGAAAGAGAUUUGACCUUUUGUGCCAGCUCAGAAGGGAUCACAGUGGUCCCUGGAUUACAAGCAGGCCAUGACGGCUCUUGAGUGAGCACUGCUCCGAGUCCUGUUUGAGGUCCACCCCUCCACCCCCUCUUCUCCCUUGCUCCAGGCCCAAGUUCCCAACCAGCUACCCUUCCUGGAACUGCAGGCCUGUGACUGGCCUUAGACUCUGGUGUCCUUCAGGAAGGCUAGGGGAGUGGGAGAGGCAGUGUGGCUGUGGAGGAGGACACCUGCCCAUGAUGGUGCUUUCUCUCCAGUGGUGUGGAGCCUGGCAGCCUACAGGUCAGCACACCAGACCCAGCUCCUGGGGUCAGUGAUGCUUUUGUGAUAGACAAAAGCCCUUCCUGACAUGACUGAGGCCCCAAGAACCACUGGGCCACCAGGACCCAAGAAGAUAGCCCCUUGCCCCACCUCCUGGCACAGGCCAUCCCGAGUGCAUAUUGUUCCUGUUGCCUGCUGCACUGAUCAUGAAGUCACCGGCCGCUGCCACACGUGUUGCACACGUGCCACCGUGCCCCUCCUGAUGAGCACCAUGGUGGAGGAAGUCACCCAGCCAUUUCUCAGUCCUAGGGGUUGGUGGCUGGUUUUGAACUUGUGUUGACUGUUGAUACUUAUUUACUGUAUAAAUAUAAUUUAUCAUUUGUAUCAUGAUGCAGUUUUUGGGUGUGUCCUUUACCCAUCUUGAGCUGCAGGAGAGUCCUGGAAAGGUGAGGGAGCCAGUU